AUGGUGGAAGAAAGAAUGAUAUUUAAUACAAGUCUGUGCUAUUACGCAUUUUUAAAGAAUCACCCUUCUCUUCUGUUACAGGAAUAUGAGGCCUUAACCAAACAACCAGCUUGCAAUCCAGAUGUUUGGGUGAACCUUGCCUGUACAUACUUCUUUCUGGGGAUGUAUACGCAAGCUGAACAAGCAGCCUUGAAAGCACCUAAGAGUCGUCUCCAGAACCGUUUACUCUUUCACCUGGCACAUAAGUUCAGUGAUGAGAAGAAACUGAUGAGCUCCCACCAGAAUCUGCAAGACAUUACAGAAGAUCAGCUUAGCUUGGCGUCUAUCCACUACAUGCGGUCCCACUACCAAGAGGCUAUUGAUAUCUACAAACGUAUUCUUCUUGAUAAUCGGGAAUACCUGGCUCUGAAUGUAUAUGUGGCCCUAUGCUAUUACAAACUGGAUUACUAUGAUGUAUCGCAGGAAGUGCUAGCUGUUUAUCUUCAGCAAGUUCCUGACAGUACCAUUGCUCUCAACCUUAAGGCUUGUAACCAUUUCCGACUUUACAAUGGCAAGGCUGCUGAGGCAGAGCUCAAGAACUUGACAGACAGUGCCUCAUCAUCUUUUGAGUUUGGCAAGGAGCUCAUUAAGCACAAUCUGGUGGUAUUCCGAGGAGGAGAAGGGGCUUUGCAGGUCCUGCCUCCUCUGGUUGAUGUUAUUCCUGAGGCAAGACUGAAUCUUGUGAUUUACUAUCUCCGGCAAGAUGAUGUGCAGGAGGCUUAUAACCUGAUUAAGGACCUGGAACCUACAGCUCCACAGGAGUACAUCCUCAAAGGAGUGGUAAAUGCAGCACUUGGACAAGAAAUGGGCUCGAGAGAUCAUCUGAAAAUUGCUCAGCAGUUCUUCCAGUUGGUGGGUGAAUCAGCUAGCGAAUGUGAUACCAUUCCAGGGAGACAGUGCAUGUCCUCCUGCUUCUUUCUUCUUAGACAAUUUGGUAAUGUCCUCAUUUACCUCAACUCAGUCAAGAGUUACUUCUACAACGAUGACACUUUUAACUUCAACUACGCCCAAGCCAAAGCUGCCAUGGGCAAUUUUAGUGAGGCUGAAGAGGUGUUCCUUUUGAUCCAGAGUGAGAAGAUAAAGAAUGAUUUUGUUUACCUUAGCUGGCUAGCUCGCUGCUAUAUUAUGAAUAAGAAACCACAGUUGGCCUGGAAGCUCUAUCUGAAGAUGGAGACCUCAGGGGAGUCCUUUAACCUUUUGCAGCUCAUUGCAAAUGAUUGCUACAAAAUGCGUCAGUUUUACUAUUCAGCCAAAGCAUUUGAUGUUCUGGAGAGACUGGACAGUAAUCCUGAAUAUUGGGAAGGCAAGAGAGGUGCUUGUGUGGGUGUCUUUCAAAUGAUCUUAGCAGGCCGAGAAGCAAAAGAGACUCUACGGGAAGUACUGCAUCUUCUGAAGAGCACUGGUAAUUCUCAAGUAGAAUACAUUGUCCGCAUCAUGAAAAAGUGGGCCAAGGAGAACAGAGUUCCCGUUUAAGUCAGUACCACAAAAUGAACCGGGUCAGUUCCUAUGGUGUGUGUGGCUGUAAGAUGUGGGUCUUGGUUUCUCCUGUGCAUUCUGGGUAUCUCCUUCCUUGCAGGAGUUUAGACUAUCAAGCAGGCUGACCCAGCUGAGCAACAGCAUAGUGCAGUGAGAUUGCAAAACGUUCA